AUGCAGUUCAAGACCUACAUGACCGUUCUGGCUCUUGCCGCCACCGCCUUUGCUGCUCCCACACCACAAUCGACUGCCAAUGGACUCGGUGUAAACGGAGCAUCGGAAUCUAAGCGUGCACCUGAGCCCGUACCAGAGUCUUGCACCUCGAAUGCCAAGAGGACAGGAUAUGGAGAAGUGUGCACUUCGACAACUACUGCUUCCAAGCGGGACGCCGAGGAGCCGGCCCUCGAGAAGAGAACAGGCAUGGGCAUCAUCAGCUCGGGAGGCGACGAAGCAUGA